AUGGCCGGCCCAGGAGGUGGUCCUCCCCGAAGGAGUCAUACCAAGUCCCGCAAAGGUUGUGAGACGUGCAAGCGAAGGCAUAUCCGCUGUGAUGAGAAUUUCCCUCAGUGUCGAAACUGCACGAAGCACAACUGUCGUUGCCCAUACAUGGACAUGCCGGUACAGGAAGAGCGCCCUCCCACUCCCGAGAAGGCAGACUUGCUAUGGACCCCAGAGAUCGAGGCUGAGAUUGAACGCUGGCAACGAACUGGGAACUUUCCCUUCCCGGAUCUCUACUUCUACCCAGCACCUUCUCCUCAGUUCUUCUCGUUCGAGGAACUUCGCUUGAUACACCAUGUCGCCUCCGUGUCGAGUGAACUGGGCAAUCACGAUGCAAGCAAUUUCACAAUCUGGACACGUCAGAUCCCACUCUUUCUCAAGAUUGGAACCGAUUACGCCUUUGUCAUGCACGCUUUGCUAGCCCUCUCGGCUACCCACUUGGCCUGGUUGACAGAUUGUCCGCUUACUGCUAACAUGGCCUACGAACACCGAGGAAUUGCUCUCAAGGGCCUGCAUGAGGCCAUCGGCUCCUUCUCAAGGCAGAACUCUGACGCUGUCUUGGCUGCUUCUCUUCUCCUAUCCUGGCAAGCAACUGAGUGGCGUGGUUGGACUCAACUGAUGCAUGGGACGUCAUCUGUCAUUGAUGCUAUGCAGCCUUGGAAGAUUGAGUCCCAGUUCGGUGAUUUCAUUGCUGAGCAGAGCACAUUCCCUACAGCCCCGCCAUCCCCCGCUCCUGGCUCGAAGAAGCUCAGCAGCCCAAGGAAAGCAGAUUUGGACUCGCUUCAACGUGCAUAUGCCCAGCUCCAGAAAGUCGAGGUGCACCUCAAGGAAAAUAAUGAGGAUGUCAAAGCCAUUCAACAAUUGAUGACUUUUGUCCGAAGCGUCCGGAAGGUAUCGCCAAGUCAUACCGCUGCUCAGCGAUUCGAGAUGCUCAACCCGCUGCGGGCUUGGUUGUUUUGGCUGCCGGUCAUGUUCCUCCAGCAAACCCGAGGCUCUCCCUCUGCCCUCAUUAUUCUGGCUCAUUACUACACGGUGGCCUUGGUCGUUGAGCCGUUGUUCCCUGAGGUUGGUGCGGCCUACUUUGGUAGCUUGUCGUUGGGACCCAUCGAAGAGAUUGCCCGAAGACUGUUCUCGAUCAAUGUCUCCCAAACCUCUGACGCUGACCUUCAGACACCACUCAAUCUCAUGGAGUACCCUAUAGAUAUGGUGUCUAAAUUCAGAAGCCGCAUGGGCUGGGUUCAGCCUGAGCGAACAGCGUCCUUCCCUACCUUCCGUGGCAACAUGUACCUGAUGGAGGACAACUAUGCCAACACAAUGUCCCCCUACGGAAAUCCUGCCUUUACCUACAGUCAGGAGCACAUGAUGACGAUGCCUCCGGAGUCCAUGCCCACCUCGGCGGUCAGUCCAUUAAACUUGGACCCAUAUGCCAACCACUACCUCGGCAUUCCUUCGCCUAGUGGAUUCGGUGGAUACCAUAGUCCGGCAUCAUCGAACUUCGGCGAAGGAUCUGUCGUUUACAGUGAACAAGGGGAUGACUAUGGCCUUUAUGAGCCGCAGGGCACCAGUUCGAACUUUGGAGGGUUUGUGCUUCCAACCGUGUGGAUAUAG